AUGGAGCGCCUCGUCAAAGAAGAGUCCAAGAUCGGAGAUCACACUGCCCAACCUGGGGAGAAGCUCUUCGUUGCAUAUAAUUCCGGAAGUCGAGACACUACGAAAUUCGAGAACACCGACAAACCGAACUUUAAUAGACAGCAUAAGUACCAGAACCUUGGUUUUGGACGAGAGAGGAUCAUCCGCCUGAUGCUAUAUCCCAAGGAUGGUGAGAAGGUCCCGAAGUGGUCUCCUGGAUCACAUAUCGACAUUCAGGCUGGUACUAUUGGUUAUCGCCAAUAUUCCAUCUGCUCAAAACAUUCUGAAGCUCAGCACCUAAAAAUAGCGGUACUUCGAGAAAACGAUACUGGUGCUUCGAAUUGGAUACACAAGAACACUGUUAAGGGGAGCCAGGUGUUAAUUCGGGGACCACGCAACCACUUCAGUCUCGAGUUUGGGUCUGGCAAGACAAUAUUCAUCGCGGGGGGUAUUGGAAUCACACCGAUCAUACCAAUGGCCGAAGCUGCGAAAGAGGCUGGCGUUGAAUACUCCAUUCUUUACCUCGGCCGAUCAAAGAACAACCUCCCAGUGAUAAUACUGCCUUGGUUAUAA